AAAACAGUUUGACAGCCCUUUACAUUUGACGUGACAAUUUGGCGUGGCUCGUUUUCCUUUUCUUUGCCAAUUUUUACAAUUUAACGCUAAUUUAGAAAGCCGAAAUAAACGAAAAUGGCGAAAAAGAAGAGCGAAGAUGCCACUAAUGAUCAGGAUUAUGAAGAGGAGCCAAAUUUUGAGGAUCCAGAAGGUUUCGUAGAUGAUAUUAGUGAUGAAGAACUGUUGGUCGACAAAUUGGCUCAACGUCCAUCCGAGGCUGAUGGUGUGGAAAAUGUUGUAGUUGUGGAUAAUAUUCCCAAAGUUGAGCCCAAGAAAUUGGAAAAGUUGCAAAACAUCAUAAACAAGACUUUUUCCAAUUAUGGCGAGAUUGUAAAUUCGGUAUACCCGGUUGAUGAGAAUGGAAACACAAAGGGGUAUGCCUUUAUGGAAUUCAGGAAUCAACAACAAGCUGAGGAAGCUGUUAGGAAUUUAAACAAUUAUCGUCUCGACAAGGUGCAUACCUUUAUUGUAAACCUAUUCACCGAUUUCCAAAAAUAUGACCACAUCCCCGAAAAGUGGGAACCCCCAACCCCUCAGCCCUUUAAAAUGCAAAAUGAUUUGUAUAGCUUCUUAUUGGAUCCCGAUGCAUACGAUCAAUAUUGUGUGGCUGCUGAGACAUCGCCAAACAGUGUGCAGGUAGGAUUCUGGCAAAAUACCCUUCCCGAACCUACUGAUUUGGAAACCCGCGAAAGCUUUACCGAUACCUUUGUUAAGUGGUCGCCAUUGGGUACGUAUUGUGUGACAUUCCACAAGCCCGGUGUUGCCAUCUGGGGUGGAAGUAAAUUCCAGCGUAUCCAACGUUUCCCCCAUCCUGGUACACAAUUCGUUGAAUUUUCUCCCUGCGAAAACUAUUUGGUAACCUAUGGUCCAACCCCAACCGGACAAAAAGUAGUUAUUUGGGACAUCCGUUCUGGUGCUGAGAAACGUUCUUUCAUUGCCGAAGAUGUGUCAAUGUUCUCUAUGUUCCGCUGGUCACAUGAUGACAAAUAUGUUGCACGUUUGGGCGAAAGCUCCAUUCAUAUCUAUGAAACUCCCUCAUUCUACCUGCUUGACAAGAGAUCAAUUAAAGUUCCCGGCAUUCGUGGUUUCUCAUGGUCACCCACAGACAACAUUAUCGCCUACUGGGUUGAGGAACAAAAUCAAAUUCCCGCCCGUGUCACCCUUUUGGAAAUACCGAAGAGACGUGAGAUUCGCAAUAAGAACCUUUUCCACGUAGCCGAUUGUAAACUUCACUGGCAGAAAUCUGGUGACUAUUUGUGUGUUAAAGUAGAUCGCUACUCUAAAUUGAAAAAGGACAAGAAAGAUUCCGAUGUUAAAUUCUUGGGUAUGUUCUACAACUUUGAAAUAUUCCACAUGCGUGAAAAGGAAAUUCCUGUCGAUUCUGUUGAGAUUCGUGAAUUAAUUUUGGCAUUUGCCUGGGAACCAGUUGGUAAUAAAUUCGCCAUUAUCCACGGUGAAACCAGUAAUUCCAAUGUCAGCUUCUAUGAGGUGAAUAACGGCGUUAAACCUUCGUUGGUUAAGAAACUUGAAAAGAAAUCCUGCACUCAUCUCUUCUGGUCUCCACGUGGUCAAUUCAUUGUCAUGGCCAACUUGACAAUGGGUACAUUUGAAUUUGUUGACACCAAUAAUAAUUUCGUCAUCACUGCAUCACCCGAUCAUUUCCGUGCCUCGGAAGUUGAAUGGGAUCCAACUGGUCGUUAUGUGGUCACCGGUGUGUCAUCGUGGAAGGUUAAGGAAGAUACUGGUUUCAAUAUGUACACCUUCCAAGGACGCAUCAUUCGUCGUAGUCUUCUCAAGAACUUUGUACAAUUCUUAUGGCGUCCACGUCCACCCACCCUACUCAGCGAAGAGGAAAUUAAGGAGAUUAGGAAGAAUUUGAAGAAGUACUAUUACAUUUUCGAACAAAAGGAUCGUAUGCGUAUGACUCGCGCCUCCAAGGAACUGUUGGAGAAACGUGCUCAAUUGUGCGAACAAUUCACCGAAUAUCGCAACAAACGUAUUGCCGAGUGGAAGGAUCAGAAAGUACGACGUAUGCAGCUCAGAAAUCAUUUCGAUACAGACAGUUUGGAUACUGAAGAAGUUGAUGAAGAAAUUAUUGAAUUUUUGGUCAAAGAAGAAAUCACUGUACUCGAGUAGUUCGUAUAGUAAUUAUAAGUACAUAAUUUUUAUUCAACUUUUUUUUACAAAACCACCCCUACAAAUAACCGCAAUCAUUCAGCUGAUCACAUCCUAAGGAGACAUUCUUGCUUGCCAGAGGUAAUUUUAAAAUUUGCAGUAAAUUACCCCAACAAAAUACAUAUAUUACUUCAACACAAGAAAGCAAGAAUUGCUCAGCCGAACAUAUUUAACGGCGGGAGUAACAACAUCAUAACUCUUGUCCUACAGUGUAUUUUUGUCAUCAUAUUAUAUAUUUAAAAAAAUUGUGUAUAUGAAAUAGAAUCAAUAAUACGAAACACAAACAAUCUACUAUUAAUAUACAAUUAAAUUAUAAAUAUAUUAAACAUUCUUAUUUAUGUCCUUUCAAAGAACAACUAAAAUAAAAAUACACUGGAAGAAAACGAAA